CUGAAUCGAUCAAUUGCUUGAUGGCAGGAAACACUCACAUUGGAGGAAGAGGCGCCGGCAGAGGAAGGGCUUGCAUCAUCUCAGCUGGUGUGUGCCAAGCGGCUUGCCACGGGACUCCACGGUACGGUCGCCGGCAUUCUGCACCUUCCACCGUUGUCUCCUGUAGGUGUAUAGCUCCCUUCCUCUGGCCGCCCAUGUCCCUGCUACAGCCGGUGGACCUCCACAUAUCAGACGACGAGGGCACCGGCGACCAUGGUCAGUCCCGCGACGCCAGCAUCGGCCACCCAGUGGAUCUGACUACCGAAUGCCAUGCGGCGACCGCAGUGGUGUUGAUGCAUGCCUGCGACAAGACCGACACACUGGAACAACUCAACUCCUUCUGGCUUCCCAACCUCCGGCGUGCCCAUGUGAUGCUGCCUACAGCCUCCCAUGGAUCAGGUGAAGCUGCUGGAGAUCAUGGUGUGGGUUCAAGAUGGACCUCAUGGAUGAAUGACGGGGUCAAACGGUGCCUCCAUGCCAGAUACACUCUGUUGUCGUGCUGCCGAUGUUGUGUCAACGAUGCUAAGGAAUUUGCAUGUGAGCAGGUAGCUAACCACUUAAUCCAUGAUUAAAUCUCCUAAUUAGCCUCGCCAUGCCGUUCGUUUCAGUUCCUGCAUCUCUGACUCUGUUCCUACAAGUGGUGAUGGGCAGGACGAAUUUGUAAUCCUCUUUACCUGCCGGUAGCUACCGCAUGGCAUUAUGCUGGCAUGUUGGGUUCACCCCGCCCCGUUUCAAUCCUCUCAAUGUAUUAAGUUUCUAAUUCCUCCAUGUCUCCACCUACUACAUCUUGCUUCACCGUGAGGUUAAUCACAUAUGAUAGCUGACUAUCUACUGCAAUGCAUUUUGUAAUUAUGUUC